GGGAGGGAGAAGAGGAAAAGGAAAAACAUUGUGCCACAGAGUCUGAUGGAGGAUCUCUGUUAAUCAGAAUAAUCUUUAGCAUUUUAAACUUGCUGAGGCGUAGGUCUUCGGAUUUCUGGAUUUACUAUACACCUGCAUCUUUUCUCCUGUCCUUCGCCAAUUGAUCUGAGCGGGCUGUGGUGACCAGUGAUGAAUGAAAAAAUGGGCGAUAAAGGAACCAGAGUAUUUAAGAAAGCAAGUCCCAAUGGAAAGCUUACUGUUUAUCUUGGCAAAAGGGACUUUGUUGAUCAUGUGGACAUCGUAGAACCUGUAGAUGGAGUGGUUUUGGUAGACCCAGAAUACUUAAAGGAACGAAAAGUGUUUGUCACGUUAACAUGUGCCUUCCGAUAUGGUAGAGAAGACUUGGAUGUCCUUGGUUUAACCUUCAGAAAAGAUCUGUUUGUGGCCAAUGUUCAAGCUUUCCCACCUGUACCUGAAGAAAAGAAGCCCCUUACACGUCUACAAGAACGACUAAUUAAGAAGCUUGGGGAGCAUGCCUAUCCAUUCACAUUUGAGAUUCCACUCAAUCUACCUUGUUCAGUUACUCUUCAGCCUGGACCAGAAGAUACAGGAAAGGCCUGUGGGGUGGACUUUGAAGUAAAAGCCUUCUGUGCAGAAAAUCUGGAGGAAAAAAUCCAUAAGAGAAAUUCUGUGCGUCUGGUAAUUAGAAAAGUACAGUAUGCACCAGAAAAGCCAGGUCCUCAGCCGAUGGCUGAAACAACGCGACAGUUUCUCAUGUCAGAUAAACCACUGCAUCUUGAAGCUUCACUGGACAAAGAGAUGUAUUACCAUGGAGAGCCAAUAAAUGUUAAUGUCCAUGUGACAAAUAACACAAACAAGACUGUGAAGAAGAUAAAGAUAUCAGUCCGUCAGUAUGCAGAUAUCUGCCUGUUUAACACGGCACAAUACAAGUGUCCAGUGGCUGUAGAAGAGUCAGACGAUGUAGUGGCUCCAAGUGCUACUUUCUGCAAGGUGUAUACGCUCACUCCAUUCCUUGCUAAUAACCGUGAGAAAAGAGGAUUGGCUCUUGAUGGGAAACUUAAACAUGAGGAUACAAACCUUGCUUCCAGUACUUUGUUACGAGAUGGCGCCAACAAAGAGAUUCUAGGCAUCAUUGUUUCAUAUAAAGUAAAGGUUAAGCUAGUUGUAUCUCGAGGCGGCCUCUUGGGAGAUCUCGCCUCAAGUGAUGUUGCAGUAGAGCUUCCAUUUACACUGAUGCAUCCCAAACCUGUUGAAGAAUCGCUGUUCAGAGAAGCUCCUGAGAAUGACGCACCUAUUGACACAAAUUUAAUAGAGUUUGACACCAAUGAUGAUGACAUUGUUUUUGAAGACUUUGCAAGGCAGAGGCUACAGGGAAUGAAGGAUGACAAAGAGGAGGAAGAAGAAGGAACAAACUCACCAAAUCUCAAUGACAGAUAAAUAUGUUAGUGUGGUUUGUUUCCAUAAUGAGAACACGGUACCUGGUGCUAUCAGAAGUCUGCAGUUAACCAAGAGUCUGAGACACCUGUUCAGUUCCUAGUGGCGGCAAUGGAUUCUUCUUAUUCAGGCAUUCUUUUGUCCAGAAAAUAAUAUUGAUAAUGUUCAGCACAAAACACAUACUG